GACGUGCGUCACAGAUGACUCACACACCUGAACCCAUCCCAGAGAGCAGGAGUUGACCGCACCAGCUCAAAGCCCCACGUCACAGUUCAUCAUGGCCGAGAUGGACGUGGGUCCGUUCUCUCUGAUCAGCCUGGAGGACGAGCUGACCUGCAGCAUCUGCCUGAGUCCCUUCGACUGUCCGGUGACCAUCCCCUGCGGACACAACUUCUGCCAGGAAUGCCUGCUCGCCACCUGGAAGGACUCCUACAGCUGCCCUCAGUGUCGCACCCACUUCCCCACCAAGCCGGACCUGAAGAAGAACACGGUCCUCAGCACCGUGGUGGAGACCUUCAACCUGAGGACCGCCAAGAGCGCGGCCGGUCCGCCGGCGGAGGGGGGGGAGAAGGAGGAGAAGGAGGCGCGCGCGGCCGUGGGGAAGGAGGCCAUAAGCUGCGAUACGUGCAUGCAAGCGGACGCGACGCACACCUGCCUCACCUGCAUGGCGUCUUUCUGCGAGGAGCACCUGCGGCCUCACCGGGAGAACCCGACGUUUAGGCUUCACCAGCUGAGUCAGCCCAUCGGAGACCUGUCGGAGCGGAUCUGCCCGGACCACCACAAGCUGAUGGAGCUCUUCUGCAGCCAACACAGCCGCCCCAUCUGCAGCCUCUGCCUGCAGCAGGUGCACAAAGGCUGCUCCUUCACGUCCCCCGAGGAGCAGAGGAACAAGACAGAGCUGGGCCUGAGAGACAAGUUGGGUUUGCUGGUGGGGCAAAUUGAGAAGACUGAGACUGCUGUGAUUCAAAUCAAAGACCAGCAGAGCAAGCUGAAGGAUGCAACAGGCAAGAGGAAGGCGACACUGGUGGCUGUGCAUCAACAGAUGCGGGACCUGCUGGACCAAGAAGAACGCCAGGCCCAGCGCGACGUGGACCUCGAGCUGGAACUUUGCCAGGUCAAACUUCGCGACCACAUGAAGAGGACGACUGACAACGCUGCCAAAAUGGCAAAAGCCCAAGAACAGAUCAACACCCUGCUGAGUCAAUCCCAAACUUUGGGUUUUCUACAGGCUACCUUUGACUUCAAUGCCAAAAAGUUCAACGACCCUUCUGUCCCUCGAAUCAAACUGGACUCCAAGAAAGUGAAGGCGACGCAGGCCUUUCCUGCUCUCCUGAAGGAGCACCUGACAGAGGUCCUUAAACAGCCUGUCGAGGCCAGAAUUCUCAUCCUCAAACCAGAACUCAACUCAAGCUUUUUUGCAUCUGAUAAAAAGGGAGUUCCUGUCUCAGCACCUGCAAGUACUGGAUUUAAACCUGAAUCAGAAGUAACCAAGCCUCCACAGCAGAGAAGGCAGCCCAGGUCGCACAGUCCGGGGCGUCCACUCAUCGAGUCAACGAUCCAGCCACGUCCUGGACCAGUUUAUCUUUACAUGGGGUCACAACCAGGUUGGAAUCUACCUCAGCAUUUCUACGGCCCGCCACAAGGCUAUUAUGUGCCCAACACAUAUAUGGCAGGACAAGCGACAAAAAAAGAAUGGAGGCCCCCCAAUGCUCGAGGAGGAAAUAUGCCAAGUGGAUUUGAGUCCCAUCAAUUCUGAUCAAAACAAUUAGAUACCAUUCAUUGCCAAAAAUAACUUCAAUUGAUGUUUAAGACCUAAGACACCUACACAAAGCUAGCCUUUGUGGUUUAUUUGCAUUACUUAAUCAGAUUCACUAAAAUGAACAUUUCUAUUUGUUAAAUGAUCGACAC